CUGGAUCUUCGGCAGUGCGGCUGAUGGAACGGUGUCGCACACUUCGAUGGUCCGGGUGCUAGUGUGCAUAACUUCCUUCUUACCACGAGGACAAGACGAGUAACACCUUCUGUGCGACCACAUAUCGAUGCCAAUCCGCAUUGUCGAUGGAGGGAUGCAGGAGGAGGAAUGGUGGUCCGGAGGGGAUAGGUUCGCUCAACUGAGAUUUUUAACCCGUAUAAAUUAUGAGAAACUCCCCGAAGUCACCUUCUCCGCCAUCACUGAGACCGGUCAGGCAGAAUCAAGUAUUCCGGUACCGAUGCAGCGCUCCUACACUGGUAGAAUACCUGCCAUACGAUCCGCUCUCGCCGACACUCCCUGCGCCAAACUCGGUAUGAAUGGGGUCUUGGAGAAGCUCAAUGUGACACUUGGCACAUCAUAUACUCUCGACAACCCCAUCUUGCCCCCCAUUCUCGAAUCCUUCAUCAGACAAGAUCACGACUUUGGCACUCUCUAUGCUAAUUUGCGUCUGUAUUGGUAUGGCUUGACCACUGUCGAAAGCGUCCAUGAAGCAUGUAAUUUGGAUCAGGAAAUGCGACAAAAUGUGGUCACCAAUAACAGGAUCUCGGAUGGAAAUAUUCCACCUCGACGUGUUUGGGAUCUGUAUGCUAAUCGGGUGUUGCCAUUCUGCGUUGGCUGGCCUUCCUAUCAAUUCAUGUCAUGGGAUAUAUCUGCGAUAUCGCAUGCGUGGAUGUCUGACAAGGAGCGCAUCGACGUGCAGACGCCUAUCAAUGGCUAUGAAUGGCCUGUGCCGAUUCCCAAAGAUGCGGACCUUAAUCACAUCCGGAUUGAGAUGUUGAACCUCGGGGCACAGUAUGUGUGGUUAGAUGUUCUGUGUUUGAGGCAAGCAGGUGGGAAGAGGGAGGAUUUGCGCAGGGAAGAGUGGAAGGUUGACGUGCCUAUCAUCGGGGCUAUCUAUCAAAAUGGCAUCCAGAAGGUGGUAUAUUACCUAAGCGGUCUGGGUCGACCAUUUUGUUUGAAGCCGGGCGACUUGGAAAGCGAUCGGUGUUGGUUCAGGCGUGCAUGGGCGCUACAGGAGGUCAGCGAAGAAUAUAUCAUAGGAUGGACUAAAAACGUACAACGGAGGUUCGAUAUAAAACUUCACUCGUUGGAGAGUUUGAGGAGACAGAAUGUGUUUGACAUCCUGCGGCAGAUGCAGAUUCGUGCGUCAACGAAGCCUCUCGAUAAAGUGGCAGGCCUGGCAUACCUUCUCUCCACGAAGUCUAUCCCGAUAUACGAUGAGUCGCAAUCCGAAGAAGAUGCCUGGGCGGCGCUUACGGAGAUGAUGUCUGAGCGGUAUCGUUCUGAGUUGCUCUUCUUAUACCCUGAACCUGGAGAUGGACACAGACGUUGGCGACCGUCAUGGCACCAGGUAAUGGUGAUGGCAAUUCUACCACAUACUAGGAAUUGGUGGCAGUCAGAGACACCUCGGACUGACUGGAUAGGUGCUGACUCAUAUCAGGGCCCCUGUGUCGAGUCAGGUUAUUUGCGGGGAUUGGGCGAGAUAUCAAACAAAGGGAUACCUCGGCAGGGCGAGUACAUCGCUGACCAUGCAUACCCAAUACCUGAUGGCUCAUAUACUCUCAUCGGCGACAGUAUUUUUUCCUAUCCCUCUGAAAUCUCAAGACAUCGGGCAGUUGGGCAGAAACGACGGGAUGGGACAUUUGAAAAAGUGUCGGUGAUCCAACUUGCAGAUCUUCACGGAUUUGGGGACCCUUGGUCGAUUCGUGAUGUAGAAGUCGAUUGUAAAAUAUUCCUUGGCUGAAAAUAGGCUAAUGGCCUGUUUUGCGCAAGUAUUAUGAUGGAGAGGCAGGAUGAAGAGCAGGGCUGGGGCAUCAUUUACACUUAGAAGGGGUCGCAAUAGCC